CAGCCGGCCCCCUCUCUCCGCCGCACCCCUCCCCCCAAAGCCGCCGCCGCCAAAACCCUAGCGCCGCCGCUGCGAACCCAGCAGCCACCACCGCAACCAUGUCCGUGCUGAGCCGCCCUACCCCGGGCACGGUCCAGUGCUUCGGGCGGAAGAAGACCGCCGUGGCCGUGGCGUACACGAAGCCGGGGCGCGGGCUGAUCAAGGUGAACGGCGUCCCGAUCGAGCUGAUCCGCCCGGAGAUGCUCCGCCUCAAGGCCUUCGAGCCCAUCCUGCUGGCCGGCCGGUCGAGGUUCAAGGACAUCGACAUGCGGAUCCGCGUCCGCGGCGGCGGGAAGACGUCGCAGAUCUACGCCAUCCGCCAGGCCGUCGCCAAGGGGCUCGUCGCCUACUACCAGAAGUACGUCGACGAGGCCGCCAAGAAGGAGGUCAAGGACAUCUUCUCUCGCUACGACCGCACACUCCUCGUCGCCGACCCCAGGCGCUGCGAGCCCAAGAAGUUCGGUGGUCGUGGAGCCCGCGCCAGGUUCCAAAAGUCUUACCGUUGAGCGAUUGCUUUGCUGGGUCGCAAAUUUGCAAGAUCGCUCUGGUUGUUCGUGGCUUCAUUUCCUGUCCAUGGAGCUGCUUAUCUAUAUCUAGCUUCUGCUUUACCUACCUUAAUGUUUUAGACUGGCAUUGUGGUAUUAAAUGUGAGGAGAUUUUGAAGACUAUUAAUUAGUCUCUGAAGUAUGUUUUUCUUGUCAUUAUCUCUGUCGAGUAAUUAUGAUAUGGUCGCCUAUUAGUAACCCCUGAAGUAUGUUUUGAUUGUUA